UAUACCGCCGGGCAUGCCUGGCACGUGCCUGGGCUGCCCUUUUUUUUUUUUUUUUUUUUUUAAAUGAAAACAAAAACAGAAAAAGGAAGAGUAGUACUUGCUUUCUCUUUCUCGAUCCCUCUCUCUCAAAAUCGCUGCUCUCAGUUCCUCUCUCACCUGCCGGCCGCUGCUCUCAAUCCCUCUCUCCCUGCUCUCAAUCUCUCUCCCUCACCUCGCCGUAAAGCCGUUCAAUCUUCCGCCGCAGCCGCACCGCACUCACUCUUUCUCUUCGUCUCGUUUGAGAGUGCUCUCAUUAACAUGUAUGCAAAUUGUGGUGCAAUGGAGUUUGCUAGGGAAAUAUAUGAAGGACUUCAGUUGAAAAAUAUGAUUGUUUUGUCUGCUAUUUACCUUCAACUUAGAUGUUGUUUUAUUUUAGUAAACUUUGUUAAUGUUUUAUUAAUGUGUGUUUUGUUAAUAGUUAUGCCUAAACAUGUUUCAUUGUCUACCGAUAAAAUGUCUCGAAUCCCAUCGGUAGUGCCACAAAAGAGAAGAAAGAGUAGUAUAGAAAAUGCCUUCAAUGUUGAGGAUAUGAAUCAUCUUAUAGAAAAUAUAGCAAUGGUAUUUUAUGCUGGUGUCUUAUCUUUCCAUCUUGCUAGAAAUCGUUACUAUGUUAGUUCUUAUUCUUUUGCUGCUAAUCACAACCUUAGUGGCUUCCUCCCUUUAAGUUAUAAUGCUCUAAGAACCACUCUUUUGAAGCAAGAAAGAGCUCAUAUUGAUAGGUUGCUUCAACCAAUAAAAUCUUUGUGGACAUUGAAGGGAGUUACGUUGGUUUCUAAUGGCUGGACAGAUGUGCAAAGGAGGCCUUUGAUAAAUUUUAUUGGCAUUUGUGAAGGAGGACAUAUAUUCUUAAAAGUCGUUGAUGGCUCUGAUGAAUAUAAAGACAAGUUUUACAUGACCAACAUAUUUAAUUCUAGAUGGGCAGACAUUGAGUACGCCCCUGAUAAAAUUUCCUCAAAAAAUUUGCCCAGGCUCUCUAACAUUCCUGGAGUCGCCACUGCACUUACCCUUAUAAACAGUUAUAAAGGAUUAUGUCCUAGUGAACCAAUAAAGCCUUCUAAGAAUGAGACACUUAAGGUUCAUGUUCAGUUAAGAAAAAAUGGAGUGAAGCGAAGGACUGACCUUGUAAAUCAGAAUGCUAAGGGAAAACAUUGCAAGUCACUCCUUCAUCAUGGCAUUGCUAAUCUUGCUACAUUCUCUCAACAAUAG